CGAAAAAGUUUAUAAAUUUGUAACAAAGUUUAUUCACCCCCCUCUAGACUUUGUAUCUCACCAUUUAAGGGACCACCAAUUGGUAUCAGAGCAGAACUCUCACUAUCUACAUUUAGAUUAAAGAGAAGCGAUAAUAAUGGUGAACAAUAUGGAUCACGGUUUGCCCAAGUUUACUCUUCUAGGUUAUGAUGAUUGGAAGAUCAUGAUGGAAGCACACCUCUACGCUCUACAUGACUGCAUGUGGAUGGUGCUUGAAGAUGGAUCCUUGAUGAUUCAAAUGGAGAAUCCAGAGAGGGAUCUAACCAACCCUGAUGUAGUCCGGUACAUUCUAAAGCCCAAAGAGAAAUGGGAUGAUAGAGAUUGCAAAAAGCACAAUCUGGAGAACGUCGCCAAAGUAGCCAUCUUCAAGACACUUGAUCCCAUCACCUUUUCCAAAAUCAAGCAUCUCAAGACUGCCAUGGAAAUAUGGCAAGGUCUUGGGAAGCUCAUACCAACUUCUGAAAAUCUUUUUGACAAGUUCAAAAAGAUGAUGGAAGACUUUGAGGAAAUAAAUCUCAAAUACUCAUCCUUAAUAGAGGAGAACAAGCUAUUGAGUGAAGAGAAUCUCAAAUUGACUGAAGGUCGGAAAAGUAAACUAAGUGAGAUCACUCAACUCAAGGCUGAGAAUGAAUGUCUCUCUGAGAAGGUGAAAUCUCUCAACAAGGAGCUAGGGAUACUGAAGUCCAAAGAAGUUAUGGACAAGCUCUUGAAACGACCAAAAAAAAGGGUUGUGAAGGACUUGGGUUUGACCCCUCCAGUUCCAAAAGGAAAGGGAGAACAACAUUCAUUCCUCCCAAACCUACUGCCAAACCCAAUAAGCAGAAAGGAAGCCACUAAGUACCCAGGUGUCUGGUACUUAGACAGUGGCUGUUCAAGACACAUGACGGGUGAUGCGAGCCUUUUGAGCAAUCUAAUUCCCUAUGAUGGUCCAAGAGUUACUUUUGGAGGAAGCAAUGAUUUUGGCCUUACAAAAGGGCUAGGAAAUCUGGUGUACAAGGGACUAACCAUCCAGGCUGUAUCUUAUGUGGAAGGUCUCAACUAUAACCUUCCUAGCAUAAGUCAGUUCUGUGUAAAGGAAGCAUGCCUAAUCACCAAAGGUGACACUAAACUUCUAUGGCUUUGGCAUAAGAGGUUGAGUCAUCUCAACUUCAAAACCCUCAACAAGCUGUCCAAAGAAGGGCUAGUGGAAGAUCUUCCCAAAGCUGUGUACAAGAAGGAAAGCAUCUGUGAUGUGUUUCAGAAAGGAAAACAAGUCAAAUCCACUUUCAAGGCAAAACCGGCACACUCAACAACAAGGAUACUAAGUCUUAUUCACAUGGAUUUAUUUGGGCCUGUUACUCUAAUAAGUCUAAGUGGAAAGAAAUAUGUCUUAGUAGUAGUUGAGGACUAUUCAAGAUACAUGUGGACAAUCUUCCUCAACAGCAAGAAGGAAACUCAAGUGAAGCUCACAAACUGCAUGAAGCUGAUUCAGAAUCAAGCAAGGCAGACCAUUCAGAAGAUCAGAUCUGACAAAGGAACAGAAUUCCUGAAUGAAAUCAUCAUUCACUACAUUGACAAGCCAUCAAAGCCUGAUCAUGAGGUUCUGGAUCUCUCAGACAAAGAUGAACAAGUCAAUGAAGGAGAUAAAAUGAAGCCAACGAAGUGCAUUCCAUUCGGAAGUCUACCAUUGAAGACUUCCCAGAGAAAUCUAGAUUCAGAGAGCGCCGAGCCUAACGGAAAUCAUGGCCAGCCUUGCGAAAUCCCAAAUCUGUCACAUGGCGACAAUUCCGGAAAUGAAUGCGGUACACGUGGUUGUCCACUUACCACGUCUGAUAAAGCAAUGGGUAGGCACGUGGCCUUGGGAACAGUUGGAGGCGCGAACGUCCACUUCAAGAAAUUUGAAGCCAAAUGCUCUUCACCAGCAUUCUACAAGGCAUAUCGGGAGAUGAUUGAAGCUCAAGAACUCUCUGAAUUUCUUCAUCUAGAAAUUCUUUUCAAAUAUGAAGAAGAAGUUCUGGAAUUCUACAGAAAUGGGAAAAUCAAAACCAUCCAAUCCAAAAAGAAUCCACAAAGGUCGAUUCAAAUCAUUGAAUCAACUGUUGGAGGCACCAAAGUGAAGAUCUCACAGAAGAAGAUGAAAACGAAGCUUCACCUUCCCAAUUCUGGAAUUGAUGUUGGGAAGCUCACAUACAAGAAUCUGGACUGGAACAAAAUUGGGAUUUCUCGACAAGUCCCCUCUGGCCAAGCAAAGAAGGCUGAUUUGAAGAAUGACUACAACUUAGUCUUGGAGCUUGUCAUAGCAUGUCUGGAAUGUGGGAGUGGAGGACAUGCAGAUGACAUCACCUAGGAAAGUGCCUUCAUCAUCAAUGCCCUCAUUACCAAAACAAAGGUAAAUUGGGCUAAACACUUCUUUAAUUCCAUUUCCAAGCACUUAGGUGUUGGACAUGAGUUCAAACCCCUUUAUUAUUUUUUUUCUGGAAUAUUUUUGUUUUGAUAAAUAACAAACAGGAUGAUAAAAUUCAAACGAUGAUCCAAAAUUUACUUUUCGUACCAAGAAAAGAAAAGAGGCGUAUCAAG